AUGAAUAAUAAGGAGAGAAUUACAAAGUACAAAGAAAAAGUAAACGAUGUAAUACAGAAAAUGAUAUACGAACUCUUUAAAUCUUAACCUGAAAACUACAUUGAUUGGAUGAUCCAAUACCUUGAAUCUGUUAGAUUUCAAUCAAGCAAAGCCUUUUCGACUAAGAUUGCUAUUGAAUACAAUCUCUCCUCUGAGGAAGAAGAGAAUGAGGAAGUUGAUGAAUUGCCAUUGCCAGUCAAAAAUGCUAAAACCUUUAGAAGUUCUGUUAGUGCAGAAGUCUUUGGAGUUCAUAACAAGAAGGAAAACUUUAUACCAAGAGUGAUUCCUAAAACUGAAGAAUAGAAGCAAUAAAUUUUAGAGAAAUUAAUGAAAGUGUUUAUGUUCUAAGCCCUCGGUCAACAUGAAUAAGAAAUUGUUGUAAAUGCCAUGGAAGAGAAACAUUACACAAAAGAUGACUGGGUCAUUACUCAAGGAGAUGAUGGAGCUGAACUAUACAUUGUCUUCUCAGGCGAACUGGAUUGCUUUAGAAAAAUGAAACCUACAGAUCCUGAACCUAAAUUCCUAAAAAAAUAUAAACCUGGUGAUAUGUUCGGAGAAUUGUCUCUACUCUAUAAUUCUCCAAGAGCAGCCUCUAUUUAAGCAAAGGAGGAUUCAGUUCUCUUUGCAUUAGACAGAAGCACCUUCAAUAACAUUGUCAAAGAUGCUACUAUAAAAAAGAGACUAUAAUAUGAGGAAGUGUUGUCAAAAGUUGAGUUAUUACAAUCCAUGGAAGCAUAUGAAAAGACCUAAAUUUGUGAUGGUUUGAAAGAGUAAACCUAUUAGAAAGGAGAGGUAAUUAUUCAAGAAGGGGAGGAAGGAGAUAAAUUUUAUAUGGUUGCAGAAGGAACUUUAGCUGCUUAUAAAGAUAACAACGGGUAAUAAGUAGAAGUCUUACGCUAUCAGCCAGGUGACUAUUUCGGAGAAUUAGCAUUAAUACAUAAAUUACCAAGAUAGGCUACAAUAAUAGCUGAAACUUAAUGUGUGGUAGUUUAUUUAGAUAGUAAUUCGUUUUUGAGAUUGCUUGGACCUGUUGAAGAUAUUCUAAAGAGAAAUGCAGAAACCUAUAAAAAGUUUAUUUAAAAUUGA